GGCCUUGACUAAUAGCGCCACAUACAUAAGUCGUUACUUGAAGGUCGUAUAUUCCUGUGUUCAAUAAGUCUCGAUGUGUGGCAGUAAUAUUUAAAGAUAAGUUGUUAUGACUUUUCUUUUAAAAUAAGACAUUAAAUCAUGUUCGAGGCCAAUACUGACAGCUGAGGGUAAGUCAACCUAUCGAUUUGGCGCUAAUAAUAAUUACUUCAUUGCAAUCGGUUGUUUAUUGUGUUGGAAUUACAUCACGAUUUAUUAUGAAAGCGAAGACAUUAAUUUUAUUUCUUUUUAUUCGUCUGUGAUUCCGGAAUAUUAGCACCAUUAUAUAAGUUGGGAUACUUCUAUAUAGCGUUUAGUUGUAAACACAAUAAUAAUGUAAAAAGAAGUAAGGAGGAAAACAAAGAUCAAUAAGGGAUAAGUUUUGGUAAAAUAAUUCAGUAGUCAGGCUACCAAAGACUAGAACUACUUAAGUCAGCUAUAGAAACCACUAUUUUUGAAAACGUCGUCGCAUACUGAUGCUACUAAACUCAAUUGGCAUACCUACUGCGGUAUUUAUACCUUACUACUGUACAGGACAUGGACUCAGUGUAAUCUAUUUCUACCUUACAUGUAUAUAUUUCAUGUCUAUUGUACGCAUGAUAUUCAAUCAUCUCGUAUAUCACAACGUUUUCCAAACACGCAUCACGUAAAGUGAAUUAUUAAAAAUAUAAUCUGAUAAAGCUGUUAAGGGAUUGAAUAUAAUCCCACCUCUAUCCCAUAAAUCUUUAUAUAGUAUGUUUCAUCAAUAGAAGGAUGAACACUUGUUUAGCAUCACGAAAUUUUCCAACAUUUUCCUCAGGAAUUUCAAUUCUGGCUUAUUUCUUGAUAUUUGUUAACACACAUCCAAUUGUCUCGGUGAUACAGUGGUAAGUGAAGGCGUGACAUCUAGAGAUAUCACAUAUCUCCUGCUCACAUUCACAUCUUAUACUUCGAAAGUGAAAUGGUGAAUAUCUCAGACGCUGCUGUUUACGAUACUAACUUAAAUAGGUGUCCCAAGAUUUGAACCAGGAUGUCAACAUAUUUCUUUAGCUUCAUACUUGUUUCAUAAAAAAACCUGAUUAUGUCCCUUAUAAGCAAAGAUGGAGAGACGUGUCCAAACCACAUUAGAAACGAAGAACUAGACUUUAUAUAUGAUAUAUUGGUUGAAAUAGGUUACCCAUAAGCUUUCGAAAAGAAUAUAAAUCCAGUAAACUGUAAACCAGAUACUAUGAUUGUUCAUAAUAAAUCCCUUUACCUGAGACCACCAUCCACUGGGAAUACAACUGGUGAUUUCCUGCAUGACAAACUCAUUGGAGCUGUAAAGAUGAAUUUUUAUACAGAUAUUCUUUGUUCACCACUUUCUAGUCAACUAAGAGUAGUUGCCUAAAGUAAGAGCUAUCUGUUGUUUUUGUCAUUUCUGUACAUAUUUGUUUAUCGUAACGUCCUAUGAAGAGCACAAUAUCAUGCUUACUUUUAAAAAAAAUCAACCAGAAAAUCUGCCAUCAUUUUGUGUGUUUUAAAAAAUUCUAAAGAAAUUCCAAAUGUAGCUGUCUCGUCACAUAUAGUCAACAGUAGUCGUUUGAUUUAUAAAUUUAAAACAUUCUAAGUGAAUAGGCAAAUGCUUCCUAUGUUCCUCGAUAAGGUUUGAUUUCAUCUUUUGCGUAAAAUUAUUUAGACCAACAAUCAUAACCUUUGUAUCUGAAAGAAGCCUGUAGUGCUUGUCACUUGUUGGAGCUGGGAAAACUUGAUAGAUGAUCUUACUAGUUCCUCGUCUUUUUGUUUGUUUAUUCGCUUCUUCGAUAACUCCCUACUUAAAUUUACUAGUCCCACACCCUAUAUUGUUUAGUUUGAUGGUUACUACGCUAAGUUUAUGUUUUCAAGGUUUGACUUUAUUCAUAUGUCAAAAUAUAUUCGUCCAUAUCACGAUGUUUAUUAGUCUUAUAUCUACUGUUAUAGUUUGCGAUUUGUACAUCUUGCUCGUGAUUAUCAGUUAUGUAAUAGUUCUUCAUUUUUAUCAUUAUCUCACAAAUUUCCUCAGUUGGUUUAAUGUCUUUUGUAUAUACAUACACAUUAAGGUAAAACCUGGCAAUCUAAUUGAAAACAAUAAUCGUUGCUCACUUGUUAUUUUUAAAAGACACUCCGCAGAGCAUUAUUGCUUUAAACUGGUGGUAGCUUUUAUUCCAAUUUAGCGCACAUGAGGCUUAACUGAUUUCUUGAUGUUUUCCUGUAGAAAAUGACGUUUAAAUUGUCAGAACAUUUUGUAUAUUGUAUUUCAGAUUAAAAUAUCAAAUGCUCCUCUUGUUUCUUCCAACUGUAGUAUAACUUUUGUAGAUUUUGUUCGCCAUAUUAUAACCAAGAUACUAGUUUUGGCAGUGAACAAUUCAUCUUAUAUCUGUAGUCUAAAAGUGUUAAGAAUUCAGUUUUGUAGCUUCUUCUGUUUUAUUGAUUCUUAAAUUGCGUUAUAAGUAACUUAUUUGGAGUGACUCAAAUGAGCCUGUUAGUAGAUUAAAAUGCAGUUUAAAUGAUCUGAUAGCUUUUUAAUUGUCAUAAAAUGAUCGUAUGAAGCUUUAACGAAGAGCAUUACGAAUGCAGUUGUCUAACUCAAAUUGAAUAUAAUUCAUUUAGUGAAAAUAGGUGCGAAUCAGCAUAAUAUAUUGAAACAAGUUCUAAGAAUUUUAUGUAAAAUUUUAUGUCUACAUAAAGUAAUUUCAAAUUUUUCCCAUUUAUGGCCUUCAAUAACUCAUCUUUUAGAUUAUCUUGCGAACCAUAUAUGACUUCCGAGAAAGGUCAUUUUAUCUCAAAUCCGAAUAAACUACCGAAAUGAAGUUUUGUCAUUAAGAUAAUUCGAUUAAGGCUCAAAAGCGAGUUACUAAUUUUGUAUAAUUUCUGAUUACUUAUUUAUACAAUAAAGUGGAUUUAUUUUUUACGUCGUAGAUUGAUCUUAGUUAUAUAGUCAAUAAAAAGGAGGAAGCACUGGGCAACUAUUUUUUAGUAGCAUGGGGCUCUCCAGCAAUACACAUUAAACAUCCCAUCAGGGAUUGAAUCCAGGACUUCCAGAUAUUGUGGUCAGUACUUAAACUGAAAACCACUGAACAGACAACUAUUGAUUGACAUGUCUAAAUUUAGUCCAUUUGCAAUACUACUGCUACUUUUCAAUGUCAUUGGUAGGUAAACUGCUUAACAUCAGACAUUUUUAAACUCUGCUGGUUAUGGCUUUUCACUGAAAUUCCUGGAAUUAUCUCUAAAUAAUUUAACAGAACUUAGUUUCCUUUUCCUACACAUACAUAUUUCACUAGUUAUUGAAGAUAUAAAUUUGUUUUAUUAUUUACUUCAUAUUAAUUGUGUAAAUCCAUUAUAAAUUGUUUCUUUUCUUAUCUGAUUUUUCACAAUUACAUCUAUAGAUGUUUAAACGAUUAAUUCGUUGUCAUGUGAAAUCAUCUCGUACACCACCCAGUAAAGAUGGUACAAAUAAUAAUAAAAUUCACUUACCAACCAAAUGUACUGCGUGGUUAUUUUCAACCAUCUCUUCUUCAUCUAAGAUCUCAACUACCAGUGAUGUUGAAGCAAGUAAAAGUACAGAAACUUGUUUAGUAGAUAACUCUUUUAAAACAAACAAUUGUAAUGAAACAUGCAAUUUAAUUAAUACUCAACAUCCUAAUGAUAGUCAAAGAAUCUCUUGCAAUCCUUACUGCCCUGACCCGGAAAUUAUAAAACUACCUUUUGUACAUUUUACUAAAGUUAGAAAUCAAUUUCUGGCUAUUCGAUCUCAAUCAAUAUCUUCAUCUAUAAAAGAACAGUUAAAAUCUCAUUCAUUUAACAAUUGGUUAUAUUCAGACGCUGAAUUAAUUAAUUUUGUUAAAUUUAUGUUUGUGGAUUUAAAUCUACCGGAAUUAUGUCAUUUCUCUACUGAUACACUUGAAAAUUGGUUGUUUUCAACUUAUUCACGAUAUAACAAUGUACCAUUUCAUAAUUUUAAACAUGCAUUUAUGGUAACUCAAAUGAUGUAUUGUAUCAUUAAAAUGGUAAAUUUACCAUUGUAUUUAUCCUCAGUGGAUUUACUGAUUCUAUUGUUCUCCGCUUUGUCACAUGAUCUUGAUCAUCCGGGUUUUACAAACUCUUACCAGAUUAAUGCUGGCACUUGGCUUGCUCUACGUUACAAUGAUAUAUCACCAUUGGAGAAUCAUCAUUGUAUGACAGCAUUCGAUCUUAUCAACAACAAUCCUACGGCAAAUAUUAUCAGUGGAUUAACACCAAAUGAAUCACGUCAUUUUCGUAGAUCUGUGAUAAGAUGUAUUUUAAGCACAGAUAUGGCCAUCCAUUCAGAAUGUCUGUCACAAUUUCAAGUUUUACGAAAACAGGUCUAUUUGAAUUGCCAGUCGUUAUCUAUGGAUAUGAGUAGUAGUAGUAUUAGUAGUAUAAAACAUAAUCACCAAAAUAUUGAUCAUUCUUGUUGUGAUAAUAGUCAACAAGGGGAGUUGAAAAAUCCUGAUUCAAUAUUUCCUUCUCUUCAAUUAUUAUCAUCAUAUAUUGAUCCUUCAUCACCGUCGCCUACACAACAACAGCCUACACUAACAACUUCCCAUGAUCAUUAUCAUCAGCAUCAUCGUCAUCAACCUAACCAUAAUGACAAUGAUGAGACAGGGGUGGACAGACAAAAUCGAACAGAAGAAUAUGACCAAUAUAAUUCAUGUAUCAAUCAGCAUGUUGAUAAUAAUAAUAAUAAUAAUACUCAUAACGUUGUUAAUUUUGGUGGUGAUAAUGACAGUGAUCACAAUAAUGGCGAUUAUAUUAAUAAUAAUGAUUAUGGUCAUAUUAAUGCAUCACUAAUCCAGUCUUCAUUAAUUUCAUUAAUUAAUCAACAACCUGAAUAUUUAUUAAGACUUUUAAUGAUACUGUUGAAAGUAUGCGAUAUAUCAAAUGAGAUUCGUUCACCAUUAGUUGCUGAUGUCUGGGUGGAUUGUUUAUUCAAAGAAUUUUUUCUACAGGCUGCAGCAGAAAAACAAGCUGGUCUUCCUGUUGCCCCUUAUAUGGAUCCAGAUCUUGUAGUGAAAUCCAGUAGUCAGUUGAACUUUUUACAUAGUAUUUUAAUACCAUUAGUAAAGGAACUGAACCAUAUCUUUCGGGAAUUACACGUACUUUUGGAAUCUGCGCAUAGACGAUCAGAGCAUUUCUCUAAGAUUAGACAAUAUGAAUUAGCUCAACAAGAGAUGGAUAGUAUCUGUGGUUCAACAUCAGUAAUCACAACAUCAUCGUCAACAGUACCAAUAACAACAAUUACUAGUACUUCUGUAUGUCAUGUCAUGAAGUCUAAUGUACGGACUACUGGAGAAAAUAUUAAUUGUGUUCAAUCAGCACUUUGUUCCGAUGGAAUAACUUUGGAUUCAAAUGAAAACUUAAGACAAAAACAACAUCAACCACAUAGUCGACAUGAAUCUCCAACUAUACAAACACAUACUGGCUAUUUACCUUCUUCAAUAUCACCAUCAUCAUCUACCUUGUGUUGUAAAUCAUCUCCUAUCAAAGUCCAACAAUCUCAAGUACCACUUUGUGUAACUGUUCAAUCUCCUUAUCGUAAAAAACAAGAAUAUUCUUCAUUUACGUAUGAUGUAUACAAUGACACAACACACUGAAAUAAAAGUGGUGAAACAAAAAAAGAAAGCUAUUCUUCACUAAUAUUUCUUUUCACUCUGGUCACUCAUACUAUCACUACCGUCCUUCUCCCCGUUCUCAUCCAUCCUCCUUUAGUAUGUAGUGGUACCCUAUAUGAUUUUUGAAUUUUUAAUGUACAGUGAAAGCAUUUCUGAUUGAGUUUCUAUUUCUUCGUUUAUUGUUUUAAUUCUGUGUUUUUAAACUAUUCGUUGUUUUCUUUCUCUGGUUAUUUGAGUUUGUAUAGGCGUUCUAAAUUCAUUCGUCUUAACAAUUUUACCUCAUUAUUUAAUGGAACAUUUUAUAGCAUUAUUUGUACAAGGUACGUUUAAUCUGAUAACAUAAUGGUAAGGAAGAAAACAAGGCAGAAGCGAACGAGUGAAACCUUGUUAGCAACUUGGUUUAUUUAUCCGUUUUCAUCAUUCCUGUCAGUUUAUUUAUAUAGAUUAUUGAAACAGUUAUCAUCAUAUGAUAUUUCGUCGAUCUGUUUGAUAAACAAUCCUCUCAGUUUUUGCCGUAACUGUGUGUGCUUUAGCUCUUUCUAUCCUGCCUAUUUCAAUAAUAUGAUACUCGUCUAUGUUGAUGUCAUCUUCAUAGAACUAGUUUUAUCAUGGGAUGCAUAUUUCUUUUUUUAUCAGAUUGAAAUAAAAGUGAAACAAUGAGAGAACAGACCUAUCUAUUAUUUACUGUACAUUUGUUUAUUUAACAGCUUGAAUAAUCCAUUUACAGGUUGUACAUUUGUUCUUUGUGUUGUAUACCUUCACAUAAUUUCAAACUUUGUUUUAUAUGUACUCAAAAUUAACCGGCAUGUACUACUAAAUAUAGAUGUAUAUGCAUAUAUGUAAUUUUAAACAACCAAUGGGCUUUCAGAUUUUUCUCAACACAAUACAGCUGGUAUAAGACAAAUGUGAUUGGUCGAAAGUUAGUAAUUCUGUUAAUUUGUGAUCAGUUAUAUAUAAUAUUUCUUAUUUUGUAUUGGUUAUUUAUUCUUCUCUAAUGUGCAUUCCAGUAUAGUUUUGGUAUUGCACUCAUUCUCUUUAUCUAUCCAUCUAUUGCUGCUUUAUUGCAUUUGUGUUUUACACACAAAGUAAAAUGUUAUAUGUACAUGUAUUUUGCAUAUUCAUUUUCAAUCACUUUUUAUUCUGUACAGUUUUUCUCAAUUAUCUAAUAAUAUUAUUGAUUGAUUUUGUUGCUACAGUAACAGUACACCAGACUUCACCGUACUAUACUAUACUAUACUACACUAAUCUUACCUAAUUUAAUGUCCAUUACUUUUGUCUAUGCUUCUUUGUUUGUGCGUGCUCGUAUCUCUUCUUAAUUUCAGUAGAUUCUUUUCAGUUUUGUGUAUCUGUUUGCUUGUGUGUAUGUGCGCACGUGUGUUUUUUGUUUGUUUGUUUGUGGUACGACAGGACAAAUGAAUUAAGUUUCCUUAAAAUUUACACUUUAGCACAUAAAUCUUUUUCUACCAAAACGAUUAGAAAAAAAGUAUGUGAACAUUAUAAUAUUUUAUUUGAUAUUGUUCAUUAUUUUCUCUAUUCAAUCUGUGAAUUUGUUGACUGUUCUUUGUUUGUUGGUGUCUGUCUACUUUUAUUGUGUGCUUUUGUUCAAUUGUUGUCUGUUGUUUUGUUUUCUCUACAGUAAAUCGACAGUUGUUUCCUUCCUUAAGAGUUAUCUUGUUUUGUAACUGUUAUUACAAUAUUUUUAUUGUUUUUUAUUGUUAUUCUUGUAAAUAUGUUAUAAAUUAUUUUGCAUAUAGAAAAAAAAUAAAUUAUUUGCAUACAAAUGACAUAUAUACAUACAUUGCUGAAACAAGUAUUGCAUUGGUUGAUGACGUCAUGUCCUAUUCAAGUUGAUCUUUGUUACUGAGUCA